UCUUCUUCUUCUUCUUCUUCUUCUCUGUAAUCCUGCUGUCAAUCUCUCUCUCUCUCUCUCCUCAAACUCCAUUGCUAAAACCCUACUUCAAGAACCACAAUUCCCCUCAACAUUUCUCCAUUUCUCAUCUCACUUUCCAACUCUGAUUUCGCCAUGCUUUUCCUCUGGUUCUUCUUCCUCUACUUCACGCUCCCAAUGGCGGCGCCGACGCGCUCUUACGCUGCUCCGAAGCAGGAUUCCAAGUCCAUUUACGAUCUGCUUUCGGCGCACGGCCUCCCCAAGGGCCUACUCCCCGAGGGAGUUAGGGAUUACGAAAUCGACGAGGAGAGUGGGCGAUUUCAGGUCUUUCUGGAUCGGGAAUGUAAUGCGAUGUUCGAGAAUCAGCUGCAUUACGAUAUGAAUGUUUCAGGGACUUUGAGUUACGGCCAGAUCGGCGCCUUGUCUGGAAUCUCUGCGCAGGAUCUCUUCUUGUGGUUCCCUGUUAAGGGCAUUCGCGUCGACGUUCCCAGCUCCGGCGUUAUUUACUUCGACGUCGGCGUUGUUUUCAAGCAAUUCUCUCAGUCUCUCUUCGAUACUCCGCCGGAAUGUGUCGCGGUUCAAUCCCUUGCCGCUAAUUCCAAGAGUCAACACCGGAAGAUUGGGAACCAAUUUGUUCAGCUGGGUUCAGGAAGGGAAGUGGUAUAAUCACUCUUGAAGCUAUGCAAAGAGGCUGAAAGAAAUCUCCAUUAUUGGGUUGUGAAUCUUCAUUGUUGUAUAUGUCAUCAAAAGCAUAUAUUAUUAGCAAUCUGCUAUAUGGUUCUUUACACAGUGUGUGCUUGAACUUCUCAUCAUCAUCAUUCAGAGCAGAGUUUCAGUCUGGGAAUUUGUUGAGCAACUUCUGGUUUGGGUGAGGAAGAAAGGGGAAGAAGAAGAAGAACAACAACAACAACAAUUGGUUCAGAGAAAAUUCUUUUGGGGGAAGAUUGCAGAAUGGUAGGUGGAGUUCAGGUGAAAAAAUCUACACAUUUCUAUUCAAUAAUCUUCAGAAAUUUUGGUGUAUUGUGAAUAUUAUCAUCAUCAUUAUCACUAUUUACCAUCAUCAUCAUCAUAAUCAUCAUUAAUAUUAUUAUUACAGUUGCUAUAAUUAAUUUUGUUUUUUUGUCUGGAAUGCAAACUUUCUGCAAUAAACAUGUCAAGAAUAGAGUGCUGCUUACUUUUGUUUUA